GCCCUCCCCGCGCCUAUUUAGGGGCGCCGCGGCGCAGGCGGCGGCCAGAAGACGCGGCGGCCGCCGGCGGGAGGCAGCGCAGCCAUGAACCCCAACUGCGCCCGCUGCGGCAAGAUCGUCUACCCCACCGAGAAGGUGAACUGCCUCGACAAGUUCUGGCAUAAAGCAUGUUUCCACUGCGAGACCUGCAAGAUGACCCUAAACAUGAAAAACUACAAGGGCUACGAGAAGAAGCCGUAUUGCAAUGCACACUACCCGAAGCAGUCCUUCACCAUGGUGGCAGAUACUCCCGAGAACCUGCGUCUAAAGCAGCAGAGUGAGCUUCAGAGCCAGAUUCGCUACAAGGAGGAGUUUGAGAAGAACAAGGGGAAAGGCUUCAGUGUGGUGGCCGACACCCCAGAGCUGCAGAGAAUCAAAAAGACUCAGGAUCAGAUCAGCAAUAUAAAAUACCAUGAAGAGUUUGAGAGGAGCAGGAUGGGCCCAAGUCCCGCUGAGGGCGCUGAGCUGGAGCGCAGGAACUCCCAGGAAAGCACCAACUACCGGAGACCUGCAGAGCAGAAUCAGCCACCUCAUCACGUCCAACCCAGCAACCCAGUCUACCAGCAGCAGCAGCCAUCGUCUCAGUCCUACGGCUACAAGGAGCCUGCGGCACCGGCCUCUACGCAGCGCAACGCUCCUUCUGGAGGGGGGAAGCGGUUCCGCGCCGUCUACGAUUACAACGCGGCCGACGAAGACGAGGUCUCCUUCCAGGAUGGCGACACCAUCAUCAACGUGCAGCAGAUCGAUGACGGAUGGAUGUAUGGCACGGUGGAGCGCACGGGAGACACAGGCAUGCUCCCCGCCAACUACGUGGAGGCCAUCUGAGCCGCGGGAGGGGACGGGGCGCGUGGCUGUCAGCCGAGCCCCCAGCCCGCGCCGGCCCCAGUGUGUGUGUGUGCGUCUCUCUCUCUCUCACCCAGCAUCCCUUAUCCAGUGUGUCCUGCCGUUGCCCGCCGGAGCUGUGUCCUGACAUCCCGGUUACUUUGUUUCUGCAGCCACCUCGGCUUUCUCUCCAAUUUAGCUUUGUUCUGUAGCUCUGUCGGGACUGAGGGAGCUCUGUCUGCAAGGGAUGUUGAGGGCUCAAGAGACCAAACCACGUAGCUUUCCCUCUCCUUCAGUCUCCCUCCUCUCUGGCCUUCCGGAGGGGCUGGGGCCGCCCGUGCCAGGCUGGACUCCCCCUUCCCAGGGGCUCUGGCAUUUCCUGGCUGCGGGAAGCAGCCGGAGUUGCUGGGAUCGUGCUCCAAGGGAGGAGCUGACCAUCCAUUAGGACCAAAUUUCCCUACCUCUUGCAGGGCCAGGUGGGGAGAAGAGCACAGGGGCAGCGAUUACCGGGGGCUCCCACGGGGGUGUCCGUGCGGAUGCGGUGGAGGAUGCUCGUCCGAAGGGCUGCCCCGGGCUGAAAGGAGGGAUGAGCUGGCAGCAUCCACCCUGCGCUGCUCUUGCUCUGGCUCAUCCAGUUGCUUCUCCCGUCUCCUCUGCUCAGUGUUUCCAUUCAGUCUUUGCUCCCUUUAGUCUUUAAAAUGUUACAAACCAGAAGAACAAUUCACAGUUAAAAUUUUAAACAAAAUCUUUUAGUUUCUCCUUGAGAUUUAGAGCAGCUACUCUGGACAGCCCUGGAAGCGGCUCUUGUUUCUUCUGUCCCGGGGUUUGGCUGCUGGCGAUCCCUGUCCCACUGGGGCGCUGGGGCAGAGGGAUGGAGGCCUCCGGGACGCCGGGGCUGAGCAGGGGCUGUGCCAGCGCUGGCAGAGGAGCAGCCGGGGCGGUGCUUUGGCUGGAGGCUGUUGCUCACAUUUGAGGGCUGGAGAAGGGCCGGGGUUGUCUCCCUGCCUGCCCCCUCCUCCAGGCUGGUAGGGAGCACCGAGAUCCUGACACCUCGCAUCCCCCCGCAGCCCCGGCCUCCUCUCCUCGGGCCGGGAUCUGGGGGUCCCCUGGCCUCUGGGACAGCUGAGUCCUCCGUUAGCAGCGGCUGCUCCCCAAAUCCACCCAAAGGUUCCUGCUUUUCUCCUGCUGCUGCUGGGCUCUUCAGACCCUCCUGAGCCCUCCUGGGUAGAUGCUCCGUGCGGGGAGCAGGUGGGAUCGGAUCUGGGCCUGUUGGGGGGUCGGGAGCUUUCCUUCCACAUCUGUGACUGCUGUGAGCCGCGUGCGAAAGAUCCUUCCCCGCUCGCGGUCCGCGUGCACGGGAGGUGUUCACGGCCUUCCCUCCCGCCGGAGCCAUGGCACGGGAGCACGGGGACCGUGGCCUCCCCGCACGCCUCGCUGGUCCCCAGCGGUGGUGGCUUUUGUGGCCACAGCUGACUUGGGGUCACCAUGGACCAAAAUUUCAAAGCACAUCUCCGCCCCCUCCUCGUCCGGGCUCCCCGGUCUCGGAGCCGGACGGGCGGGGGCAGCUGUAACUGGAAACGCACGGGCGGGAGCGCGGUGCCCUCGCCCUGGCUGCUGCCGCUGUCGCUGGUUCCCCGAGUGAGGGGGGAACCUGGGGACCGAAGCGGCUGCGUCUGCUGCCGGGUUUAGACGAUGCUCGGAGCUGCCUGGUGAGGAGCCCUGGGGGACGGUCCCUGGGGGACGGUCCCCGGGGGAGGCCCCACGCUGGCCGUCCCUUUCCCAGCACACGGGGCUGCGGCGCUGGGAUGAUGGUGACCUGCCUUGAGGGGCUUCUGGCGCGGUGACCCGCGCGGGUAGAGGGGGGACGGCUCCGUCGCGAGGGCCGGAGGGCAGGCGCGAGCCACGGAAAGGGGAGCGCUUGGCUCCUGGCUCGCGUCCCGGCCAGCUGCCGCCGGCCAUGGUGGGGCCGGAGCAGUCCCUGGGGGGGACCAGCCCCGGCAGCAGCUGCGAUGGCCCUUACGGGAUGGGAAUCCCGGUCGGUGCUAAAACGAGAGCACAAGAGCAGGGGAGAAGGGGGGCCAGGGGGGAGGUUUGCGUCUCUCCCUGCUAAUCCUGUUCUUAAUCACGUUCUUGUCUGGGAUGAGGGGGGGUGGGAGUAUCAAUGUGAAUAAACCGUUUUUUAAUGGACCAAAUAACACAGGCAAUUACAUUUUGGUAUACGGACCUUUUUUUAAUGCUACCUUGAAACCAUUGUCCUCAAUCUCCCCUCUCAUGCCUUGCCCUUCCUCCCCUGCUGUGGGAAACAAACCUCUUACUGCUUGAUUUCUGCCUUUUCUCUUGACUUAUGCACUUUUUUGCCUUUUUUCAUAGCUGAAAAGCACCUAAACCUGUAUUUAAAAUAAGUAAAUAAAUAAAAUGUUAAAAAAAAAUUAAAAGCUAAAUUGCUUCUCAUCACGUGUAAAAUAAACCUCGUCCGUCUUAGCUUCCCUGGUCGCGUUUCAGUGCUGAGCUUAGAACGUUUGUUUUCUUUCGGAUCAGUUGAUUGAUUGGGAUUUGUCCUUGUGUAUUGCUUCCCAUGGGGUUGAGCACCCACGAAUGAAAUGUUAUUUGGCCUUUUUAACCAAACCAUCGAUGGAAAAACACAACCAAUUCUCUUCCUGGGUUACUCAAAUUAAAAAUAAAAGUAUAAUUUUUA